CUAAUCAACUACCCCAAACUAUCACUUCGACACCUAGGACAAAUCACAUUCAAGAUGGUGUUAGAAGCCUCCAUGAUAGUUGUUGACAACAGCGAAGCUAGUCGAAACGGCGAUUAUGUACCCUCGCGAUGGGAAGCGCAACAGGAUGCUGUCAACAUGAUCUUCUCCGCGAAGACUGGAGCAAACCCAGAGUCUUCUGUGGGUUUGAUGAGCAUGGGAGGCAACACUCCGGAGAUCCUCACGACUCUGACAACGGACAUUGGCAAGGUGCUUGAUGGACUGCACAGGACAAAGAUAAAGGGUAGCUCACAUUUCGUCACCGGCAUCAACGUGGCGGCGCUGGCUCUCAAGCACAGGCAGAACAAGUCACAGAAGCAGAGAAUAGUCAUAUUCAACUGCAGUCCUAUCGAGGAAGAGGAGAAGAAUCUGGUCAAGUUGGCAAAGAAGAUGAAGAAGAGCGGUAUUAGCAUUGAUAUCAUCGCGUUCGGCGAACUCAGUGACGACACCACGCGGAAACUCCAGGCCUUCAGCGACAACGUACAGAGCGCUGAAGGCUCCUACCUAGCCAUCAUUCCACCCAGCGCAAACCUACUCAGCGAUUCUUUGAUUACUACACCCAUUGUCGGCGGAGAGGGCGCGUCUAACGCUGGAGGCGAGGGCGGUUCUGGAGGUGGUGGCGGCGGUGCAUCGGGCGGCAACGACUUCGAGUUCGGCGUAGAUCCGUCGGUCGAUCCGGAACUUGCACUUGCGCUCAGAAUGUCUUUCGAAGAAGAGAAGGCACGACAGGAGAAGGACAAGAAGGCAAAGGAGGCUGCGGAGGGCAAGUCGGAGCUAGAGCCAGUUGCUGAGGGCGAUGAGAAGCAACCAUUGCUAGAUGAUCAGGGCCAGCCUAGUGGAAGUGGAAGCAAGAACAAAAAGGACGAUGACCCAGACAAGAUGGACACAGCAUGAGCCAGAGUAAGCGUGGCACGGCGUCAAGGUGCGUUUGGCAUAGCUUCCGUAUAGAGCCUUUAUAUCGGGCAAAGCAUCUACGGCGUCUACUGUAUGACUAGAGCUAGUGUCUACCACAUCCGACACAGAUGGAUGAAUGAAACAAAUAAUGACUCUGCCAGUCUGUUUAACCUGACAUGGUCAUGUGUCUUGUUUAUUGAUGACUCGUGUUUCUCGAGUCCGGCUAUCCCUAUCCAAACGACGCUUCAAUGACGUCGACGUCUGUUGCAACUGCAGGAGCCAUUGAGAGUCGUCUGUCUUUGAAGUCGCUGCUCUCAAGCUCAACAGUCUUUCCACAAUCGCCGCGCUCCUUGAUGCACACUAUAUAUGCAAAAAUGGGCGUGCAAGCUGGGCGCUUCCUAUAUGGCCAUGUAUAUCUAUUACGGCAACA